UUAAAUGAUCGUAGAUCUCUGUUUUUUUAUUGCUUAUAUUUUUAAAUGUCAUUUAAUUUUAUCUUUCAAAUAACGCAUCAAACGCAUUUAGUCACAGCCGUGAAGUGGGCAUUCGUGUCAAGCCAAUUUGUUGGCCUGAAAUACUUGCAUCCUUUUACAACGCUUUUAUUAUGCACGUCAAUCUUUUUGCCAAUAAAAUUUGACAAAUUUAUUAGAAAAUUUUCAAGUGGGGCAUAGCAAUAACUAUAAUUAAGUGCGACCUUUACACAAUCAUUGUUUGGUGUCAAAUGUAGUCUCCGGCACGUGUCCAUUUCAAUCGACGAUAUCACAGAAAAAACACUUCAUCUUAAUGCAGACUAUUUCUUUAAAUUUAUAAUACUAAUUUUCAAUUGAUAUACUGAGUUACAAAAUACAAUCGAUAUUCCCUACCACAUGAUAUUGGUCGCCAUUUGCUCAUCAACAGGAUGUGGAAGUAAAAUCAAAUCUGUAUCUCUUUUAAAAUGUUUUUUAUAGGGCAUCCUUAUGUUUCAGUAAACCAUUGAUUAUAGUCUAGUGUAGAUGUGGAAUAUUUCACUGAAAAAGUCCAGUAGCAUAAUUUAAAUAAAAUUUUUAAAAUAAACUUAACAAACAAACUUCAUAUUAUAAAAUAGUAAACGAUCGAUCCGGUUUCAAACUUUUCAACGACGUGACACGAUUUAUUUAACUACAUUCAUUAAUAAAACCGUAAAUCAUAUAACAACAGUACUUUGUUUUAAAAAUGUAACAAUAUAGUAGUUCAUUGGAGUCGUUAAAAGAGAGUCAUCAUGGAAGUUAGAAUAGUUACAACAUUAUUGUUCAUGAUAACGACAACUUAUUAUCCAAGGGUACAAUCAGACAAACUAAGUUUUGAUACAUACCAUAAUUAUGAUGAUUUAACAAAAUUCGUAAAAAAAAUCACAGAAGAGUAUUCUAAUAUUACUUCAUUAUACUCAAUUGGAAAAUCAGUGCAAGGCCGAGAACUUUGGGUUGUUAAGAUAACUAGUGUGAUUGAUUUAUUGACCGUUCCCAACAUUAAAAUAGUGGGAAAUAUUCAUGGAAAUGAGCCCAUUGGAAGAGAACUUAUAAUUCAUUUAAUAGAGUACUUGUUAAAAGAAAGCGUUAAAAAUUCUACAAUACAAUCUUUGUUGCAAACAACAGUGAUCCAUUUAUUUCCUAGCAUGAACCCUGAUGGCUUUGAAAUGUCUCGACCAAAAACAUGUAUUCAUGAUCAUAGAACAAAUAGUGUGGGUAAUAGAGGUAAUGCUCGUAUGGCAGAUUUAAACCGCGACUUUCCUGAUAUAUUCUAUUACAAAGAAAGAUCUUAUCAACCCGAAACAAAAGCAGUAGUGAAUUGGUUGAAAUCUGUACCAUUUGUCAUGUCACUUAGCUUACAUGGUGGUUCUUUAGUUGCCAAUUAUCCGUAUGAUAGUUCAUCUAAUUCAACUCAGUACAAAAUGAAGAAAUUAAAUGAAACAUUACAACUCAAUAACUUUGAUCUGCUAUUUUCAAAAUUAUCAUCUAUCGAUCCAUCAGUAAACGAUAAUGUCUUUUAUGAAAGUCUGACACCUGACGAUGACGUGUUUCGAUAUUUGGCUAGUGCUUAUGCCAAUGCACAUCCAACAAUGCAUAAAGGCUAUGGCUGUAAAGAAUCAGUGGAAUUUAAAGGAGGUAUAACAAACGGAGCUGCAUGGUACGAAACUUCAGGAAGUAUGCAAGAUUACAACUAUGAGAUGCAUGACUGUGUAGAGAUUACUUUGGAAUUAUCUUGUUGUAAAUAUCCCCCAGCAUCAGAUAUUAUUACUUAUUGGUAUGAGAAUUUAGAGCCUCUUUUACUUUGGACAAAACAAGUUCAAAGGGGAAUCAAAGGAAUUGUUAUGGAUAGACAAACUGGAGCUCCUAUAUCAAACGCGAAAUUAAUGAUUCUAGGUAGAGAUAAAACGUUUAAUACCACUGAAAACGGAGAAUAUUGGAAAGUAUUACUUCCGGGACCAUAUAAAUUACAUGUGGACGCUCGCGGUUAUGAAAGUAAAACGAUCCAUUUAAAAGUACCUGGCUCUAUGGAUCCACAUAAAGUCGAUAAGCCAUUAACGUUAAACAUAAUGUUGGAACCUUAUCAACCUGAACCUAGCACAGUAAGAAACACAAACUUGUAUUAUGUGGUGUCUAGAGGACACAGCGAACUAACCGAUGUUCUUAGAUUAACAAAUCCGAAAAUGGAACAUUCCACGGUUAACAUUUAUGAACUGGGUUCAGAUAUUAGUGAUUUUGGUGAAGAUGAUUAUACCGAUGAUGUGGAACCGCAAUCGGUGUUAUCAUCUGCUGGAUCAGCUUCAAUAACUUUAUCUUCACUAAUACUUGCUUUAUGGUGUUAUGCUUCCCUUUUAUGAAGGCUCACAUUAUUAUUGUUAUCAUUUUUAAAUAGCAAUUUAAGAACUAUGCUUAACAUUUUUAAGAUAUCAACAUACACCUCUUCACUGAAUAAAGCGAUUAUCGUUAUCUCAUCAAAAGGUAACAAAUUGUAAUUUUUUUUGUAUGUGUGUUGUCAUUUGUCUUAAUUUGCUGCUAAUAAUUCAAUUAAUUAUUAUAAUUAAAUACAUUAUUGUCACUAUUUUAAGCUUGGAUUUAAAAUAUUUAUAAUGAAAUAAAAUUAAGUGCCUAUAUAUUUUGUUUAAAAUCUAUAAAAGUUUAAU